AACUGCGACUCCCAUUUCGACAAGUGGUACCAUGCUUGGUCUGGCGCGAAGAAGCAAUGGUGCUGUGCGCACCAGCACCUGGGCUGCCCAGGAUCUUGGCACCAUCACCACGUGGUGACUAUUACCGGCGUGCACCACCUCAAGCACUAUGACUGCCAUGCCGGCUUGUCCAAUUGGUAUCACGGCUGGUCUCAUGUCAAGAAGUCCUGGUGCUGUGACCACCAUCAGCUGGGCUGCCCUGGCAUGGCGCAUGGCCAGUGGCACGCUCACACUGUGGUGCACACCAUCAUGGGCCACCAUGCCGGCCAUGGCGGAUAUGACUGCGAUGCAGGCUACUCCAAUUGGGAGCACGGCUGGUCGUACCACAAGAAGACGUAUUGCUGCGAGCACGAGCAUAAGGGCUGCCAGCCGUACCACUGCCACCACCACGAGGAGGAACACGACACGUGGUCGGAUGACAAGCGCGACUAUUGCUGCGGCCACUUCCAAAUCGCCUGCGCCGCAACCACCCUGUCGCCUCUUGGCUGUGACGCC